CCUGGAAAGAAAUUUAUUUAAGGAAUAAGGAAAACCAGAAAUUUAUUUUAUCAUAAAUUUUUCCGUUUCACAUUAUUUCAAAUCUGGUCUUGUUCUUACGAAUACCAUAUACAAGAUAUUGAAACCAUUUAGGAAAUAUACACGAGCCCAGAUUUACUUCAGUUGAACAAUAUGGACCCUAACAUCCGAGCAAAAAACGUGUUUGAAAAGGAUUUUUUAAAUUUUGGAGACAAUGAUGCCGUUGUACCAACUCCUAAACUCACUCGAAAGCAAAAAAAACAUCGAUUUCAGUUUGUAAAUCGCAUUUAUGCAUUAUCCCUACUUUGUGUUAUAUUGGCUGCACUGCAGUGGUAUUAUAUCUGUAAGAAUACUGAUUUCGAUCUUUAUAUUAAGCAGAAUAACUAUUUUAGUCCAGUAUGGAUUGCAGCAAUGUUCGUUUUCAUAGUAGCAUUCAUUGGUUUCUACAACUAUUUAGUAGACAGCUUCAUGUUUUUCCCGCUCCUAUUCAUUACAGCAGAAUUCUCGACAACUGUCGUGGCACAGCCCAUACGAAUCGCAGUAGCAGCAGGUUCGGUAUAUGGCAUAUUUUUUUGUUUAAUCGUUGUACCUAUAAGCUACCUUGUGUCCCUAAACGCCCCGUAUUAUAUGCAUAUACCGCCCCUAUCGAUCAUAAGCUGGACUAUAAGAUUGUAUUUGUUAAUAACUAUAUCUAUGGUUGUGAUUGUAGCUUGUGAAUAUACAGUAAUUGAAUACACCUACGCACUUUUUGCAACAACUUUUAUUGCGCUGUACUGCUGUACUUUUGGCAAGACUAUUGGCUCAUACCAGUUUUACGAAGCAGAACACCGGCGCUGGAUUUUAUAUACGCUAAUGAGUUAUAUCACCUUUUUAACAUUGCUCGGCUCGUCCAUGUUCUUAUUUGUAAAAGUGAAAUCACUAAAAUUAAUUCAUAAUUAGU